AUGGAGCCAUUCCGGGUCCGUCUGAAUUGCGUUGAUUACUACCAGGCUACUCCCACUGAAUUUGAUCCUCGUGUUCCUUUUGGUAAUGGCGUAGCGCAGUCAACUCAUAGGCCAAAGGUGCCAGUCAUUCGCGCCUUUGGAUCAACGGAAACAGGCCAAAAAGUCUGUGCUCAUAUCCAUGGCGCAUUUCCAUACCUCUAUAUUGAAUAUCGUGGCGGCCUUGGGACAGAUGAAGUGAGAAAUUCCAUCCGUAACCUGCACGGCUCCAUCGACCAUGCUAUGGCAAAUAGCUAUCGUCAGAAUGCGUACGACGGGAAAACAGCAUACGUCGCGCACAUAUCUCUUGUCAAGGGGGUUCCAUUCUAUGGCUUUCAUGUUGGAUAUCGCUUCUAUUUCAAGAUAUAUCUCCUAAAUCCAUUCAAUAUUACUCGGCUGGCCGAUCUCCUGCGGCAAGGUGCUAUCAUGAAACGUCCCUUGCAACCUUAUGAAAGCCACUUACAAUAUAUCCCUCAAUGGAUGUGUGAUUAUAACUUGUACGGAUGCGCUUACAUGGAGUGUGAAAAUUUUAAGUUUCGACACCCAGUUCCUGAUUAUCUCGAGCUGCCUAGUCUAGACCAUCGAUGGCAUGACCGGUCAAUACCCGAAGGCAACAUAUCUAGCGAGAUGGUCCUUCCGAGGCAGAGUCAUUGUACAUUGGAAGUUGACAUUUGUGUUCAGCAUAUCCUCAACCGAACUAUCAUUAAAGAAAGGCCAUUGCAUCAUGACUUUGUUGAGCGGGGGCAUCCGGUAUCCGCUGACGAAAAACUUGUUCACAGUAUGGCAGGCUUGUGGCAGGAUGAAAUGCGCAGGCGCAAGCGAAAAUUAGGAAUAGAAAACACCGCAAGCAACCCAUUUUCGGCGGAAGAACUGGUCUCCAUGUCUGCAAGUCCGAGAGACCAGGAAAAAAUUCUCUGGAUACACGAAGAGGAGUUUCGAGAGAAACUACACAACCUGGCGACAGAAGAAGGCAAGGACAAGGCUGAACCUGUAUUCUUUGAUGGUUUUGUGAAGAAGGACGCUGCCCAGAAUGCUGUGCAAUCUGCCUUGGAAAGUGUGGAAGACCUUUACCCCCAGAAACUGGACCGGGUCAGCUCUGAAUUGGGAUUCCCAAUCCUUAAAAAUGCCACAAACGGAGAUUAUAGCGAUGGAACGACUUUUUAUAAUGAUUUUGACGACAGCAAUGAACAUCAAAACACUAGCGAAGAAUCGGAGACUGAGUUUGUGGAUAUCUUAGGUGCACCCAUCCAAGAUUUGCGGGGUAGUACUUUCCAAACGGAUGACGAAUUUACAGACUCACUUGCAGAUAAAAACACAAUAACCGCUGGAGCUAAUGGACGGUUAUCAAAUAGAGAAAGCCAUGCACAGAAUGGGCCAUAUCAUGGUGAACUAAACACAAGCUCCGAGGGCUUUCGCAAACGAACAGCGAAGGAAGAUAUCUGUAGUGAAAACGAGGGGAAACGCCUAAAGCACAUUGAAAAUGGCCCAACACACGAACUUGCAGCUCCACAAAGAGAUGACUACUUUUCCUCGUUUGAUAUGACAACGGCCUUGGGAGAUGACGCCCAGGACGCUGAUCGCAUUGGCCCUGACGAUACAUCCCAGACUAAUUCACAGGAUGAACUAUCAUAUUCCCAAAGAAUAGGCCAAGGCAACUCUGGCAUUCAAAGCCAACGUCUAUCCUUUCCAGUGGUUAAGCAUCCCAACGACCCUAAUACCUUGCUGCGUUUCAGUCAGAGAAGCGGUCUAUCUAAGGAAAAUUCGGAACUGUCCCAAGUUAUGGAAGACCAUGAUUCUAGUCAGAAAAACAGUAUGGAUAAGCUAUUUUCCGAGCAUAAAUCAACAAGCAGCGCUACUGUGCCCUGCCGAAAUUCUCAGGUUGAUAUGUUCAUGUCCAAUGUCCGCGACGCCUUUGAUAUCCCCGAAGAUCGUCUAUUAUUGUGUUAUCGCUACCAGUGUCCAGCACCUAGCGAGAUUGCGACCACAAUUAGUCCUUCAGUCGUUUACCAAAGAGCAUAUUAUAGCGACGAGAGCGAUGUUCCUGAGAAACAGCGGGAGUAUGCGGGACGAGAAUUUCGUUUAGCGAGUAACACAUUACAAUUUCUUCCCGAAUUCGAUAGACAAGGAACCUCAGUUCAUCUAUACGCCGAAAGGAUUCCCCCUAUUACGGAUCCCGAUGAACAGCGGAGAAAUGACCAAAGGCUCCGUGAGUUAUCUUCUGCCAGGGUAUGGGAGUUUGCACAAGUUCCGCCGACCAGGGCCGAAGUCGUCGACUGGCUCGAAAACGAAAGAAAAAAAGAGCAGUAUAGCAUUGCUAAAUCUAAGUCAAAAAAGUCCCCCACAAAGCCCGAUUUGUUAUCACAGAUUGAAGGCGCGACACAAAAGAACCCACAUGGGUUCAGGUAUUCUCAGAAGCAACGGUCGACUAGUGUGAAACAUCAAACGCAAUACAUGAGUGUCAUGGGUUUGGAAGUGCACAUUAAUACCCGCAAGGACCUCUCACCAGACCCAAAGGAGGAUGAGAUAGCAUGCGUUUUCUGGAGCCUUCAAUCAGACGAUGAAGAUUUGAUUAUCGACAGCAGUAUUGAUGGCAUGCAGUUGGGAUUAAUUAACCAACCAGGCCAUAUAUUAGAGCCAGUGACCAAGUCACUGACGAUUGAAGUGCAGACCGAAGCCUCGGAAUUGGACCUUAUAACUCGUCUUGUUGAUAUUGUACGCUCAUAUGAUCCGGAUAUUUUGACGGGCUACGAAGUACAUAAUGGCUCAUGGGGUUAUCUUAUUGAAAGGGCGCGAUUGAAAUACGAUUACGACUUGUGUGAUGAACUAUCCCGAGUCAAGUCUCAGGGGCAUGGCAGAUUUGGGAGAGACAGUGAUCGAUGGGGAUUCAACACUACAUCUACGAUCCAGGUGACGGGGCGACACAUGAUCAAUAUCUGGAGAGCUAUGAGGAGUGAGCUUAACUUACUUGGGUAUACUAUGGAAAACGUCGUGUUUCAUCUGCUGCAUAGACGUAUCCCGCAUUACCAUUUUAGUGAUCUCACAAAGUGGUAUACUGGGGGCAAACCCCGUGAGGUGAUGAAAGUCAUCAAUUACUUUCUCUCUCGUGCACAAAUGGAUUUGGAGAUCCUUGACUCUAACGAACUUAUCCCGCGAACAAGUGAGCAAGCACGGCUGCUUGGCGUGGACUUUUUCUCUGUCUUUUCGCGUGGCUCACAAUUCAAAGUCGAGUCUCUGAUGUUCCGCAUUGCAAAACCGGAGAAUUUCAUCUUGAUAUCACCAAGCAGAAAGCAGGUAGCCCAACAGAAUGCUCUUGAAUGCCUACCUUUAGUGAUGGAACCUCAAAGUGACUUCUACCCGAGUCCAUUACUUGUGUUGGACUUUCAAUCAUUGUACCCAAGCAUCAUCAUCGCCUAUAAUUAUUGCUAUUCAACCUUUCUUGGACGACUUGUUGAUUGGCGUGGUCGAAAUAAGAUGGGCUUUAUUGACUACGAGAGAGAGCCCCGAUUACUUGAAUUAUUGAAAGACCAAGUUAAUAUCGCUCCUAAUGGUAUGAUGUAUUCCAAGCCUAAUAUACGCAAAUCAUUGAUCGCUCGUAUGUUGAGCGAGAUUUUGGAGACGCGCGUCAUGGUCAAAGGUGGCAUGAAGGCGGACAAAGAUGACAAGACCCUGCAACGACUACUCAACCAUCGGCAAUUAGCGCUCAAAAUGAUUGCUAAUGUCACUUAUGGCUAUACCUCUGCAUCUUUUUCUGGACGAAUGCCGUGCUCAGAGAUUGCCGAUAGUAUUGUUCAGACCGCACGUGAAACUUUGGAGAGGGCAAUUGCAUUCAUUCACUCUGUUCAACGAUGGGAUGCUGAAGUCGUGUACGGUGAUACUGACAGUUUGUUUAUUUACUUGAAAGGCCGAACGCGUGACGAGGCGUUCACUAUCGGUGAAGAGAUCUCGAAAGCAGUUACCAAGAUGAACCCACGUCCGAUCAAACUCAAGUUCGAGAAAGUCUAUCACCCAUGUGUCCUUCUAGCAAAAAAGCGGUAUGUCGGAUUCAAAUAUGAGCAUCGGGAUCAGGUUGAACCCGAGUUUGAUGCGAAAGGAAUCGAGACUGUACGACGCGAUGGUACUCCCGCUGAACAGAAAAUCGAGGAAAAGGCACUCCAAAUUCUAUUCAAAACUGCAGACCUUAGUCAAGUCAAGAGCUAUUUCCAAAACCAGUGCUCAAAGAUCAUGCAAAGCAGAGUCUCUAUUCAAGAUUUUUGCUUUGCCCGAGAAGUCAAAUUAGGGACGUAUAGCGAGAAGGGCACCAUACCUGCUGGAGCCCUGAUCAGCACAAAAAAGAUGAUGAAGGACCAUCGACAGGAACCUCAAUAUGGAGAACGUGUUCCAUAUGUUGUUGUAAGUGGUGCUCCCGGGUCAAGACUGAUUGAUCGCUGCGUCGCCCCCGAAGUAUUGCUCGAUAAUGCACAUCUCGAGUUGGACGCAGAAUAUUACAUUACCAAAAAUCUCAUUCCCCGCUGGAAAGAAUUUUCAAUCUUGUAG